AAUGAACUUUCAACCGUUGACUAAAAGACAUGAAGAGCAUUCGAAGGUUUAGAAUUAAGCCACUCAUGUGUCUUGCAUUUUUGAGCUUUUUGGGCUUCACGUUCUUCCUGACUUCAACAAUUUUGGUAUUUGUGUAUUAUGACAGCCUUAAAGAGUUCCUUCAUAGCCAUUAUGGAGCUAAAAUUGACCAUAUGAUAGGCUUCAUUAUUCUCAGUGGAUUUCAUGCCUUUGCAUUUGGCUUAAUAACAAUUCAAUUGGUUGUGGUAAAGCCGAAAACAACAAAAGUCAUUAUUCCACUUGUCAUUGUCGUUUCGACAGCAUUUUUUCUACUUGUUGCAAUUGAUUUCUUUAUUGAAGUCCAUCUACUCCAUGUAACGCCAAAGGAACAGCUGACAAAGACUCAUGAUGACAAGGCUGAAAUGCCAGAAGAUGACCAGACUAAAAAAUUAAAAAAGAAAGGAAAAGGAUUUAAAUUGGGAUAUUUGGUGAUAUAUUCGAGCAUGUGUGUUGUCGUGUGGUUCCUAUAUCUCGCUUUUAAGGAUCUUGAAGAGGAUUUGGAGCGACAAAAGAGUGAAAAUGAGCCGAUGGAAAUCACAAUCAGUCAUAUCACAUAAAAUUUUAUGCAAUUUUCUCCAAACACGCAGUAACUGCCACAUGAUGCUUGUUUUUCUUCAGAUUCUCAGUGUGUGCUGGUUUUUAAGCAUAAAUUUGUGCUUGC